GAUUCGGGAGCCCCGCCGCACCCGCUGGCCCCGCCAUCUGCUGUGGCGGCGGGUGGAGGUGGGACGGAAGGCUUGGCGGCAGGAGCGCCCACGAAGCCAGCCCGCGGGGUCCUGCCCUGGGAAGAUGGCCUACUACAGAAAAUGCAUUGAAACUGUGAUUGAGCAACUGGACAAAUUUAAGGCUGAGAAGUGCAGCGCCGGGCAGUUCCUGGAGUUGGCAUCCGCCGCCCUGCAGACCCUGAGCCCCCAGAAGCGAGCGUUCAUUCUGGAGGUGCUGUCUGGGUGCCUUGAGUACCGGAGGCUGCUGGCCGUGGUGGUGGACGCCUUCUACGCGCGGGCCGGCUGCCUCUGCCCCCAUGCCGACUACAGCCUCUUUGAGGUGAUCUGCUACCUGGCCACCUUCCAGCUGGAGGAACUGGGCUUUCAGCUCUUCUGUGACAUCGUCAGGUCGCAGCCCGUGGACAAGAUGCGCAAGUUCCUGGGAUUCUUCUUCAACCCCAUAAACCUGUGCUCGUGGAUCAAGGAUGAGUGGAGUCUCAUCUACGAGAUAGCCCAUGUGCGAGAGAACUGGAUCGACCCCCUGAUGAGAUGGCAGCCGGAGGUCCAGGAGCUGAUCGACCAGCUAGAGGAAGUGUUGGCCCAUCAGCCCACUCCUUCCAAGACCAAGGCCAAGGUCACAGAGCCCAAGGAGUUCAAACUGACCGUCCCCAGGCCCCGCGCCAUUCCAGUGCCUGAGCCAAUCCCCAGCGUGGCCAAGUCGAAACCAGUCCCCAGGAGCACCUACCUGCAGCCCAAGGAGCAGCAGCUGCUAGAGGUGACCAAGAGACACAAUCGCUGGAAGGCGGAGGAGCUGCUGCUCAGGGCGAACAUCGAGGAGCUGCGGUGCGCGGUGCCCAGGUCCCGGGGGGAGCCCCUGACGCAGGGCUCCCAGAAGCAGAAGCAGCUCCGGCUCAUGCCCCGAAUCCUUAGGACUCCGAAGCUGACCUUCUACAAGACCAGCAACGUCCCCGUGAAGCUCAACACGGCCGCCAUCCUGCGGGAAGGGUCUUUAUACCAGCGGCAGGUGGAGAAAGAGCUGGAGAGGGUGGAUAAGCUUGUGGAUGGGGCCGGGGACUUCUCCGAGUUCCUCGAGUGGCAGAGGAAGGUGCAGGCGGAGGACCGGGCAGAGCAGCUGGCCGCGGGCGAGUGCCGCCGGCUGCAGGGGAAACUCAGCCACGAGGAGGCCAUCCUGGCCCGGCGGCACCUGGCGCAGGGCAACAAGCAGAAGGCCGACCAGAAGAAGGAGGAGACGGCCGAGCUGAUGCAGCAGUGUGCUGAGAGGCGCCUCCAGGAGGAAAUGUCCCUGAAGGAGCAGGUGCAGCAGGUGGUGGAGGUGCAGAGGAACGUGAAGGCAGCGCAGAUGAAGCUCCUGAGAGGCCGGCAGCAGAUAGUUCAGGAGGUGAUGGAGGAGAGCCGGGAGCUGCUGCAGCGCAGCGCAGAGGCGGCCAAGGAGGAGCAGAGGCGGCGCUGCGAGCUCAUCGCUCAGCUGCGCGCCCUGGAGACGCAGCCCGUGCGCAAGGGCAAGCUUGUGGACCUGACCCAGACCCCUGGGUAUGGCCUGGAAGGGGAGAUGUCCGUGGUGGAGCUUCGUGAGCGGCUGGCCCUGCGCAAGGAGAGCCAGAGGCGCGAGGAGGAAGAGAAGCGAGACCAGAUCAUCCAGGGCAAGCGCGCCCGAAGCCAGGGACUGCAGAACGUGGUGGAGCGGAUCUCGCUGUGCCGCGCGGCCAUGGGCAGAUCCGCCGCCCUGAGGUGGGAGGAGAAGAAGGCCGGGUGCGCGCCGCCGGCGCCCCCCCAGGACGAGCGCGUGCUCGAGCUGCGGCGCCAGGUGGAGGAGAAGGCGGCCGAGCGCCGCGGGCAGGCGGCCCUGCUGCCCGCACCGGCCCCGCGCGCCGCGCGCCCCCGGCCGCGGGCGCAGCUGGAGGCGCAGCACUGGCUGGAGCUGGAGCGGAGCCGGGAGCGCCGGCUGCGGACGCUGCAGCGGAGGGGCUCGGCCGGCGGGCACGCGCGCCGCCUGGAGGCCGCCUGA